AUGUUACACUAUAAGAUGAAGUGGCUGAUUCUGGUGCAGCUCCUGCUGGCUCAGCACGCUUUCUGCAGGGCGCCACCUCCCCCAGUGCUAAGUAACAGUCCCCUGCCCAGCACCCCUGUCUUAGAGGAGGGGGACACCACUAAACAGAGCCAACGGUCUCUUCUGGACUCCCAAAUCCAUCCUAAUCUCUCAAAAGGGGUGCAGGAAGAAGCAAUCCAUGCAGAGGAUAGGGUGCAGUGGGAGGACAAGGACAAGUCAGCCCAGCGCAUACUCGCCACUUUCAGGGCAAAGUUUCAGGGCCGCAUCCACAUUCAGGGGAACGCCAGCUGUGAAGAACUCCUGUCAGCCUCCAACCCAUCCUCUGCCCUGUUUCCCAGGGAGCUGCUUGGCCUCUCACUGGUGCCUGUCCUAGUGGUGGCAGACUGCCCAAGGGAGGCCCACACCCUGGUGCUGUGGCUCUAUAAGCUGCUGGGUGUGGAGGACACAGAGCAGCUUCUGCUGGAAUUAGAGAGUCUAAUGGAAAAGGGAGUUCCCCGCCCCAGAGCCUCUCCCGCUCCUUCCUCACCCGUUGGACAGGUCCAGGCAGAACGCCAUCUCCAGGCAGUGAUGUUUAAUAUCCAGCAGCUCGCCAAGGCUGGGAGGCGGCAAGGCAGCUCUUGGUGGGGGAAGAAAGUAAAUCAGUGUUAUGGCUGGACCAAGGUGAACGGUACUUUGCUGUUAGGGUAUAUGGUUGAGGGAUCCGUGGGGGCGCUGGAAGUAGCUGUAAGAGCCUGUGAGAGCCUCGGGGCCCAGUGUGCUGGUGUGUCCCGUGGUGGGGCCCUCGACUCUGGGCACUACCAGGCUGUGAUGAAACUAGGGAGCUGGGUCGUUCCGACUGAGCACCCUGACUCAGAGAGCUGGAUCCGACAAUGUCGCUCCGAGGAAGGCGAGGCACUAUCUGCCUCCUCAGGUCGGCGUGCAAGGCGAAGUUCCCACAGGGACUGUGUGGACAAACAGGAGCAACGUGUUUACAAUGUGGUGGAGUGGAUCCCUGCUGUAAGCACCCUUUACAACUUAGGCACAGCUGUCUACUAUGCCUCUGUCAACUGUUCCGAGACAGCCAAAGAAAGAGCCAUCCUGAGCGCUGUAGACUUGGGCACCGAUGCCCUCAUGGCGGUGACGGGGGGCACAGCAGGGGUGGCAGGCUAUGCCCUGGGAGCGGGAGUAAAGACGGGAGUGAAGGCAGGGAUCAAAUACCUACUGAGCUCCAUGAAGCACGAGGAGGAUGACUUGAUGGUCAACCAGUACAGCUGGGAGGAGGGAGUCAUCACCAUGCAAUAAAUCCAGGACCAGAACAUGCAGCUGCAGAUCUGAUCCUGAUUUAUCCACCUUUACUAUCUAUGUUCUACUGGCCAAAAGUCAUAUGGGAAAAGGGCUAUGUUCGCAUUUAAAAAAAUAGCAGGGGUUGGAUUAAUCAGAAACAAAUCUGGCUUUGAUCUGAUUAAAGGAUGAAGGGGCUUUAGAAACACCCUGAAUAACCCCCCUCAAAAUCCGACCCUGACCCUUUCCCUCCUCUCUGUUCUGUCUGUCCUCCCCCGAACCCAAUCCCCACCCGCUCACCUCUACUGGUCAGGUCAGACUUACUCUUAUCCACCUCAUAAUUCAAACAGCAGGGACUAUUGUUUCAAUAUUACUUCAAUGUUGUUUUUUAUUAUCAAUAAGGAAUAUUCAUAGGAUGCUUUAUAUUAGUAAUGAUAUAUUUUAUUAUAUUCAGCAAGCAAUAUUCGUAAAGCAAUAUAAACACUGGGUAUUUGCAGGUAUCAAUUUAUUGGCACAUUUUUGUCAUCCAUUUUUUGUUUUUCUUUAGUCUGCAUGGAACUGACUUUGGCCUGAAAAUAUCUUUGCAUGAAGUCAUUAUAAAUGUAGGUUUAUUUGUAGGCUACUUUAGAAUGUAUUCCUAAACCAAUAUCUUCAUCUUCAAAUCUGUGUUUUUUGAUUAUUGUUGGGCAGUGUAAGUGCAACAAAAUAUGAUUAUUUUCCAUAGUGACCUGUGUUGUUUAUAGUUUGUUAGUGGGUGGUUACAAAAGAGAAGUAAUUGAUCAGCAAUAAUGGCGUGUGUUUUCAGUUGCCAUGUUAUGACUAAUACAGUAAAUUCUGUUCAAAUGUUUUACCUGCUACAAUUUAACGUUAACUGUAUUUGAUUAUCAUGUCUCUUGGUGUUGAAUACAAUGUAUUGUGAAAUAAAAUUUAAAAAAAGUAUUUAAAAACAAUAAUUGUUUUAAGAACCAGCGCCACAAGUGGUACUUUUCGUUUUCAUACGUCA